GCCGCCGCGGCCGCCAUGGAGCUGGUGGGGGAGCGGUACCUGGGGGGCAUCGUGCGCGGCAGGAUGGAAGGAUACGGCUACUACGUGCUGCCGACGGGCGCCGAGUACCGGGGCUCGCUGUGGGACGGGAUGUUCCACGGGAAGGGCGAGCUGCUGCUCCCCACGGGCGGCAGCUACCGGGCGCUCUGGGACCGCGGGGUGGCCACGCAGGGGAAAUGCGCUUUUGCAGAUGGUCUCGAAUACGACGAGGAAAAAUGGCGUUACUGCGAUGGCUACGACAGAAGAUUUUAUACAGAAAUCUGUUCUGGUUUUAAACCGCCAGGCAUUCCUCAGUUUACAAAUCUGGAUCCUCCCAAAAUAAUCCCAGAAGGUUGUUAUGACUGUGGUGAUGGAUUCUAUGACCCCAAAACCAGAGUGGUUGUUGACUACAAACGCAAGUUUCUGAGAAAUGCAGACAAUGAUGAGCACGAAUGGAUCCUUCGGACCUGCCGGAAAGCCUGGGAUAUAACAACUGAGCAGAAACCGAAACCAUAAAACAGUUCUUUCCCAAACAAUAUUCCAGCAAAGCAGACAGGAGAUGAAUGCAAAUGACCUGAGAUAAGGUUUGGUUCAGUGGCAACAGUCAGUGUGAAAUAUGUUGUGAAACAAUGUAUUGAAUAAAUUAGAAGAUUUCUUA